AGCGUGCAGAACUCAAGGAAACAGGCGAGGCAGGGCAGCAUUGUUUUUCAUCUAAUUUUGAGAUAAGUGCUGUUUUUAUACACGUACCUAAGGAAUGUGGUUAAUGCAAUGUUGACCUUCUGAAGAUGACAGCGGGCAAACCUCUCUCAAGUGCUGAAAUGACAAGAAUGUGCUUCAUCUUCCUGCUGAUGAGUAAUGCCGUUUCAGUCUCCACACAGUUUAAUGGGUACAACUGUGAUGCCAACUACCACAGCAGGUUUCCAGGUGAGCGGGACAUCAGCGUGUACUGCGGGGUUCAGACCAUCACCUUGAAGAUCAACUUCUGCCCCGUGCUCUACUCCGGCUACACCAACGCAGAUUUGGCCCUCAACGGUCACCACAGUGAUGCCCAAUGCCGUGGCUUCAUCAACAACAACACCUUCCCCACAGUGAUCCUGUUCAGCAUCAGUCUCAGCACUCUGGAGGCCUGCGGAAACAGCCUGGUGGUCAGCACAGCCUACGGGGCCAAUGCCUAUGGGAACAUGUCUCUGGUACAAAUUGGGAAUGUCUCCGGCUAUAUCGACACCCCUGACCCACCGACAAUAAUCAGCUACCUGCCCGGUUUGUUGUAUAAAUUCAGCUGCAGCUACCCACUGGAGUACCUGGUCAAUAACUCACAGCUGGCAUCCUCCUCUGCUGCUGUUACUAUAAAGGACAGCAAUGGAACAUUUGUGAGCACGUUGAAUAUGAUCCUGUACAAUGAUUCAACAUAUAAUCAACCUCUCUCUAUUCCGAUGGCUGGACUGGCUCUCAAAACCAGAGUAUUUGCAGCUGUAAAAGCCACAAACUUAGACAAACGGUGGAACAUCUUGAUGGACUAUUGUUACACAACCCCCUCAGGGAAUCCUAAUGAUGAACUCCGCUAUGACCUUUUCUUCGGCUGCUACAAAGACUCGCAGACGACAGUUUUCGAGAAUGGGAAGAGUCAGAUGGGACGUUUUUCGUUUGAGGUUUUCCGUUUUGUUAAACACAGACACCAAAAGAUGUCAACUGUGUUUUUGCACUGCGUCACGAAGCUUUGCAGGCCAGAUGACUGUAUCAUGCUCAUGCCAAUUUGUGGGCGACGGCGUAGGCGGGGUGGAGAGGAGAGCCUUGACUCCCCACCUGCAGCAUCUGGGAAAGCUGUCAUCACCGCUGGCCCAAUCAUCACCAGGAGUGAUGAAACUCGUGUCAACAACUCCCAACUUGGUAAGCCUGGUAACCCCUCCAAGCAUAUGAACCCGGUGACCAGCGCUCUGAUCUCAGGCGUGGUCAUCCUGGGCGGGAUCAGUGUGUGUCUCUUCCUGCUGUCAGUCCACCUCCUGCAGAAAUCCCGCCUCCCAACAUCCACAGCCUCAGGUGUUUGGAACCCCAGCUUUAAAUGAAUAAACAUGUAUACUGUAUAUAACAUCUUGAUACUGACAAUGUGUGCUGAUACACAUGUUGGGAACACAGACUUAAACAAAUGGAUAAUGUACAUGUGUGCUUUCCUUUGUAUACGCAUUAUUAAAUGUGCAUAUUGUAUUGUUUCA